UUAAUAAUUAGAAGAACAAAAACUUCUUUAAUAGAGUAUCUUACAUAAAAAGAUGACAUACCUAAUAAAUUAAAAAGUUUGAUAAAAGAUUUCAUAACAACCUGAAAGUGUCUUUUUUUCAUGUAUUUGACUUGGUGACGAAACAUUUAAUAACUUCAACUAAAUGUGUGACAUCAUUGGUUGCUGAAAAUACGAAAAAAUCAAAAGAAAAUUUUUUUCUUUCAGUAAAAUAGCUGUGAAAAUCAGUUUAGAACUUUAGAAGACUUAAAGAAAGGAAAAUAAUUCAAUUAAUAUUGGAAGAUGUCGCAUUCUACUCGACCACCGCCUCGCAUUGACGGGAUGAUAAGCUUAAAGGUCGACAAUUUGACUUAUCGAACAACUCCAGAAGAUUUGAGGCGUGUUUUUGAAAGAUGCGGAGAAGUUGGAGAUAUUUAUAUUCCAAGAGAUAGACACACUCGAGAAAGCCGUGGAUUUGCUUUCGUUCGCUUUUUUGACAAGAGAGAUGCUGAAGAUGCGUUACAGGAAAUGGAUGGACGUGUCUUAGAUGGUCGUGAGUUGAGAGUGCAAAUGGCGCGUUAUGGAAGACCAACAUCUCCUCAACGUCGAGGAGGAAGAGAUCGUCGUCGUCGUUCACGUUCUCGUGAUCGUCGUCGAAGAUCAUACAGUCGUGGAAGAAAAUCGGAUAAGGACAGCCGUUCAAGAAGCAAUAGCAAAUCUUCUCGCGGCAAGAACUCACGGUCAUCGAGAAGUCCAGUUCGUCGCUCUCGUAGCUAAACUAAAAAGUCCAAAAACUGAACAAACAAAAGGGAAAUGUCAGAUUUACACCGACUACAAAAGGUAUAUUUUCUUCUUUGUAAACUAAUAUAAUUAAUCUUAUUCUACUUACACAUUUUUUCAACAAAAAUUGAAAGUAAAAAAAGUUCAACCAACUUCUUUUCAUAACAAAUUGAUAAAUAUUAGAAAUAAGAUAAAUUGACUGAGACAUUUUUUUUUCAAAACUUUUGCAUUUUCAUGUCUCAUUAUAAAUAACUUUUGUCCCCGAAGAAGAAUUAAAAAAAAAGGAAUAAUGAAUUAAAUUAACUUUAAAAUUUACUGAAAAUCAUUUUUGCAACGAUAUCAAUCUUUAAGUUCAUGAAGUAUAAAUUAGAUAAUUAAUUAAAGAAAGAACGAAUGAAAGUAAAAGAAGAAAAACUUUUGAUAAUUAGUAUUAGAUGAAAUUUGAUUUUAAAAGAGGAAAACACACAGAAAAUGAAGGAAACAAAUGAAAUCUUUAGUUACAUAAAUCAAUCAACAACAACAUUUAUAUAUCUAUAUAUAAAAAUCACAAGAUAACUUGGAAUAAAACAAUAAUACUCUUUUGUUUUUAAUAUACA